AUGUUCCAUCGACUUUUUCCUGCAUGUCUGAUACAUUCAAAAACUCAUCGAACCUUAUGUAAAUAUUUAUUCAUUAAUGCUGCAAAUAUAUCAAACCAAUCUUUUAAUGUUCUUGGUGUAGAAACUUCAUGUGACGAUACAGCUGUUGGUAUUGUAAAUAGUGACCGAAAAAUUUUAGGUGAAGCAAUACAUUAUCAACAUGAAAUACAUGAACCUUCUGGUGGGAUUGUACCAAAUUUAGCAAUGGUGAACCAUCAAACUUAUUUACCUUCUGUAAUUUGUGAAGCUUUAAAUAAUGCUGAGUUAGAUAUGGCAAAAGAUAUAGAUGUUGUGGCUGUUACCCGAGGUCCUGGACUUCCUGCUUGUUUGGGAAUUGGUUUAAGCGCUGCAAAAACUUUGGCUGCUGUUUUGAGGUAUACUCUCUUAUUUUCAUUAUUGGAAGCCCACGCUUUAACUGCACGUCUAACUCACUCUUCUUCUGAUCUAUUACCUUUCCCAUAUCUCACUUUGUUAAUAUCUGGUGGUCAUACUCUAAUUUUAGUUGCUCACGGAAUUGGUCAUUAUACACAACUUGGUACAACUAUAGAUGAUUCAAUAGGUGAUGCUUUUGAUAAAACUGCUCGAUUACUCAAAAUUCCUUGGUUAAAAGGUCGUGGUGGUGGUCCAGGUGCGGCUUUAGAACAAUAUGCUUUAAAAGGUGAUCCUAAAAAAUAUACGGUUCCAAUACCAAUGAGAAAAGAUGCAAGAAGAAAACGUGAAAUGAAUUAUAGUUUUAGUGGUUUAAAAACUUCUAUAAAAGAUUUCGUUGAAAAGUAUAAAUUAAAUCUGGAUGAUGAAAUUGUGAUAUAUGAUUUAGCUGCAACAUUUCAGCAUGCUGCAACUGUACAUUUAAUUGAUAAAUUAGAAUUAGCUUUUGAAUGGUGUAGAAAUAAAGGUAUCGCUUUAACUGCUUUGGUUGCUAGUGGAGGUGUUGCAAGUAACAAAAGUAUUCGAUCAACUUUGGAACGAUUGGCAAAUGAACAACAUAAUAUUCCAUUAAUUUGUCCACCUCCACAUUUGUGUACUGAUAAUGGUAUUAUGAUUGCUUGGACUGGUGUUGAACGAUUUCGUGCUGGAUUAAUCGAUAAAUAUACUAUUGAUCAUAUUCCAAAAUGGUCUAUUGCGAAUAAAU